AUGCGCGCUGCCGUAUUCCUUCUCUUCAUCGCGUUGGCCCACGCUGAGCGGAUAGCGCUGCACGGCGACCGCCAUGACCAUGGUGCUGAGCUCCCCUCCCCUGUCGCCUCUGAUGAGGAAGUGCCUCAGACGGUCUCACUCGCCCUGGCAUCGUCCUCCUACCUUGCCUCUCCAUCCGCAGCCUUACCAGGCCACGAUCACGGCCACGGCCAACCUCCGGGACACAACCACAACUCACACGCGCCAGUCAGGGAGGUCCUUGACGACAUAGGCCUGCACGAGUGGCACGACUUCCCCCCGACGUACAUGGACGCCGACUUCAGGCUCACGAAAGACUCGGUCAUCUUCGGCGAGGUGUUCCCAGAGGGCUGGGACCCAGAAUCCGUCGCGAGCCACCCCCAGCUCAUGCUCGCACACGUCGUGUGUAUGGCUGCGUCGUACUUUGUCCUCCUGCCGAUCGCCCUCGCCCUCCGCGCUGCAGGGCACCCAUUACACCACUUCCUGAGUGGCGCGUCCUUGGGCGUCGCGAUUCUUGGGUGGUGUGCCGGCGCAGCGUAUAAAGCUGCCAUGCCUGAUCUCUACGCGGGUGCCAAGCACGGCGGUAUCGGCAACAUCCUGCUUCUCACGCAGAUCACAAUGGCUAUUGUCGACUCUCUAACGCUUAUCAAGCGCAGUAUGGGUGUGUACCGCUCGGGCAUCCGCGACUGGAAGCAGUUCUUCCAUGCCCUGCUCCGUUACGGUGGCGAUGACAGGUUCGCCGUCGCGAACCGGUACGAGAUGAUCUGGAUACCCGACGAGCAUGACGACGGUGAGGUCAACGACCGCCAGCGCGUGAUCUUUACGAUCGGUGGCGAUGACCUGUCGCGUGUUGCCUCGCCGGAGCCCAUUACACCGUUGCGCCAAAGCACGGGCUCUGAUGGCACCCUGCACGACUCACCAACGACAUCGCGUAACUCCCACCACAUGUUCGAGAUGGGUGCAGAGCGGCUGCACAAGAUGGGUGGGACGCGUUCACACGGCGCUUUCGAUCAGGAGAACACUCCAGCGUGGACGGUCGCGCCAGACAGCGCGCCGCAGCAAGCGUCACGAUGUGUCUCGGGAGCCCGCGCCCUCCAGAUCGUCCUGACCUGGGUACGCCGCACGCAGGUGAUCCUCGCGUACGUCGCAGUGUGCACAGGUAUCCCGGUGUACGUCGGCAUGUGUCGGGCAGGCUUCAUCAACACAUGCGCGGCGCACAUCGUCAAGGGCUCCAUCUUCUUCGGUUAUGGUGUGCUCACGUUCGCCCGGUAUCUCGGGGCGUACGCGGACCUCGGGUGGGCGUGGAACCGCAAGCCGGUGGGCUCACGCGCCGUGUCUGCGGAGAUGGUCGAAUGUGCCGUCAUCUUCACGUACGGCGCAACCAACACGUGGAUGGAGCGAUUCGGGUCCAAAGCUGGCGAUCCGUACACCGUCAAGCAAGUUCAGCACAUUAGCAUUGCGGUCAUGUUUGCGUUUGGCGGCCUGGCCGGCUGCCUCCUAGAGAGCGUGCGUGUGCGCAAGCUUCUCGGCUCGGUUAUCAGUACCAACGCCACUGGGCCUGUUCGCGAGCCACCAACCUAUGGGUUCAGUUUCAACCCGUUCCCGGCGCUCGUGAUUGCUAUCACGGGCCUUGCGAUGGCGAUGCAUCACCAGGAUUACGUGUUCCAGGUGCAGAUCCAUUCGCUGUGGGGCGUCUUACUCGCCGGCGGCUCCCUGUUCCGCUUCCUCACGUACUGCUACCUCUGGUUGCGACCACCGACCGAUUCCAUGCUCCCCUCGCGUCCGCCUACCGAGGUGCUUACAAGCUUCGGAUGGGCUGCUGGCGGUAUCGUCUUCAUGCUGAGCGAUGAGGAGGUCGCGUUUGCGGCGAUGCGCUCGGGCUUUGACGACAUGAUGGCUUUCCUCAACUUUACAGUCGCACUCACGUGUCUCGUGUUCUGCUGGAUUGUCGUCGUCAUGGCCGUCAAGGGUUUUGCACUCGUUCGGGUCAAGAGCGGCAUCCAGCUGGCUAUGGGCGACGAGGAGAGCGUCUAA